CUCUUCUUUCUCUCUCAUCUUUCUCUUGCAGCUUGAGGAGUCCGCACGAGCAGCGAACCCCCUCCUGGUUCCUCUAGGGUUAGGGUUUUCCCUGGUUCGGCUCGCGCUCGCUAGCUAGGGCGGUUUCCGCGGUGCGGUUCCUCUUCGUCGCUGCUGGAGUAGCUCCCAGCUCGAGCUUCUUUAGUGGGUUUCCUCGGAGGCGUUCUUGCGGGCUGUUGUGUCGACGCUCUGUUCGCAUCUGUGUCUCCGUCCAUGGACACUCGCAAGAGAGGAAGGCCCGAAGGCGGCUCGUACGCUAAUGGCGGGCUCAAGAAGCCCAAGCAAGAAUUGGAGUCCUUAUCUGGUGUAGGAAGCAAAUCGAAGCCAUGCACAAAGUUUUUCAGCAUCGCUGGUUGUCCCUUUGGUGAGGGCUGUCACUUCUUGCACUAUGUGCCUGGUGGCUACAAUGCUGUGGCCCAGAUGAUGAACCUGGCACCGGCUGUCCCCCAAGCACCUAGAAAUAUGGCUGCUCCACCCCUGCAAAAUGGCACGGGUGCAUCUCAGCCAGCUGUCAAAACUCGGAUGUGCAACAAGUAUAACACUGCAGAAGGCUGCAAAUUUGGCAACAAAUGCCAUUUUGCUCACGGUGAGUGGGAGCUUGGCAAGCCCAUUGCUCCAUCUUUCGAUGAUCCGCGUUCAAUGGGACCCAUUACAGGACCCAUUACAAGCCACCGCUUGGGUGGGCGGAUGGAGCCGCUGCCACCACCACCUGGCCCUGUUUCUAGCUUUGGUGCGUCUGCCACUGCAAAAAUCAGCGUUGAUGCUUCUCUGGCUGGAGCCAUCAUCGGGAAGGGUGGUGUGAACUCAAAGCAGAUUUGUCGCCAGACGGGGGCUAAGCUUUCCAUCCGGGACCAUGAGAGCAACCCAGCUCUCAGGAACAUCGAAUUCGAAGGAACAUUUGAGCAGAUUAAGCAAGCGAGCACCAUGGUGAGGGAGCUGAUCGACAACAUCAGUGCACUAACCGGCCAUUCAAAGGGCCACGGAGGGCCUGGGGGCCCAGCCCCUCCUGGCAGCAACUACAAGACGAAGCUGUGUGAUAAUUUCGUCAAAGGGUCUUGCACGUUUGGAGAGAGGUGUCACUUUGCGCAUGGAGCUGCCGAGCUACGCAAGACUGCACUUUGAAGAAAUCUGUGGAGUUUUGAGAGUGCAAUUGUAAGAGAGGAUCUGUUGUGCAGCCUUGUAUUAGGGAGAGCCUUUUAAGUAUCUGAGUUAGUAGCAUUACGUAUUUCAUGUUCUUUAAAUUUUGGGGCUACCAAAUCACUUUGAUAAGAUAUUGUCUCAGCUUUGGUAAUGGUAGAGCUUUUUGAUGUA